AUGGCGGACCAGGAUUUGAAGAAGGACGCGGUGGUGUGGAAGGGGCCCGAGAGUUUGAAGCAAGCCAUCUCGCUGCUCGAGGAAUUCAAGCUCCCGGGAGGGCUGCUGCCGCUGGAGGAGGUGAUCGAGGUGGGCUACGUCAAGGCGACGGGCUACAUGUGGAUCACCACCGCCAAGAAGAUCGAGCACAACUUCGCCAAGAUCAAGAAGCUGGUGAGUUAUUCCACCUCCAUCCAUGGCUUCCUGAGCGACAAGAAGAUCGCCAAGCUCCAGGGCGUCAAGGCCAAGGAGCUCCUCAUCUGGGCUCCCGUGGGGCAGAUCAUGGCCGACGCCGACGAUGCUGUCAAGAAUGUCCACUUCAAGAGCUUCGCGGGCAUCACCAAGACCUUCCCUACUGAAGCUUUUGCUCUUGGGGAGUGA